AUGGGUUUUAGUUCAGUUUUCAAUAUAGUUUUCAUAGCAGUAUUGUUUUUAGUAGUGUCCAUCACCAAUGCUCUACAAUCCAAUGUUUUUGAUGUGACCCACUAUGGUGCAGUUGCAGAUGGAAAGACUGAUAACUCCAAGGCAUUUUCGAAAGCUUGGAACGAGUCGUGUCAAUGGCAAGGGCGGAGCAGUGUUUUGAUCCCAUUAGGGUCAUACUUCUUGAGUUCAUUGAAUCUUAAUGGUCCAUGCAAUGGUCCAAUGGAGUUUCUGAUAAAAGGGGUCUUAAAGGCUCCAACAGAACCAUCGCAGUUCCUAAACACUAACCAUUGGAUUACCUUCCAAUAUAUGGAGAAUUUGACAGUCACAGGAGGUGGGACUUUGGAUGGCAAAGGUGCAUCUGGUUGGCCAUAUAACACUUGCAACAAAGGACAGUGCCCGGGCCUCCCUGCUUCAUUGAUACUGCUCUUCAUCAACAAUUCAGAGAUCAACCACAUAAACUCACUCAACAGCAAGAAUGUGCAUCUCAACAUUUUCGGGUGUCACAACAUGAACCUAAGUCACAUUACAAUAUCAGCUCCCGGAGACAGUCCCAACACUGAUGGAAUGCAUAUCAGUGCCUCGACCAACAUUAGGGUUUCAGUAAUGGACAUAGCCACCGGAGACGAUUGCAUAUCCUUAGGUCCCGGAAACCACAGAAUCCACAUUUCCAAGAGUUUUUGUGGUCCGGGACAUGGAAUCAGCGUCGGAAGCUUAGGGAGAUCUGAUGAAGAGCAACAUGUGACAAGAUUAGUAGUCACAAACUGCACUUUUACGCGUACCCUUAACGGCGUGAGGAUCAAAACAUGGGCUGCAACACCUAAUGAUGCUGGUGGCAUUGUUUCAAACAUGCUAUUUGAUAGCAUUGUUGUUAACAAUGUUUACAACCCCAUCCUCAUCGAUCAACAGUAUUGUCCAUUCCCUCCAUGUGGUCAGGAUUCAUCGCUGAUACAGAUAGCAAAUGUUACAUUCAGUAAUAUUCGAGGCACUUCUGCAUCGAGAGAAGCAGUAAAACUGGUGUGUAGUGAAAGCAAGCCAUGCAAGAACAUUGUGCUUGAGAAUAUCAACUUAAAAUAUCUUGGUCAUGAAGGUCCAGCUAUUUCUUCAUGUGCUCAUGUCAAUGUUAUCUCCCGUGGCCAAUUGCAACCUCCUGCUUGCAGUUAG